UUGGAGUGAACAUUCAAAGAAAAUCGAAUAGCUGUUUUAGCAUUGUACCGCUGUGGGCACUCGCCAAGUAUAAUUUUCAAGUUGCUCAAAAAUUUAAAUAUAACGCUUAGGUUUGCGUACCGUACUAUUGAUAGGUACAAUGAAGUCUCCAGUAUUGAUGACAAGAAAACAAUUGGCCGGCCUCGCUCCGUACGAACUCCAGCAGUAAUCAAAGCGAUCAAGGCUUGCAUAGCAAGAAAUCCUGUCCGAAAACAAGUUUAUGGCUUUGCAGAUGGGUGUCAGUAGAAAAACCGUCAAAAAGGUUUUAAACGAAGAUCUUAGUCUACGAGCAUACGAAAAAAAGAGUAGGCACUUAAUUAAUGCUCGUCGAAAAACAAUAAGGCUUAAAAGAUCCCGGAAGUUGUUAAAGCGGUUCGCGAAAAAUCGACACCGUGAUAUCCUCUUUACAGACGAAAAGAUUUUCGAUAUUGAAGAGAAGGACAAUAAACAGAAUGAUAGAUUGUACGGUAGGAGUUCUGAAAAAGCAGGAAAAAGUUCAUCAGUGAUGGUCUGUUUGGGUGUAUCUUAUUACGGGCCAACUGAGGUUCAUUUUUGCGAAAAAGAGAUCAAAAUAAGUGCGAAAGUGUACCUAGAGACGGCUUUGGAUAAGCUUAUCAAAGAUCUGCCCAACACGCUAUUUUCGGGACAUAAUUUUGUGUUCCAGCAGGAUUCUGCGCCAGCACACAAAGCCAAGACCACUCAAGCCUGAUUUGACCGUCAAAAAAUCGACUUUAUAAGACACGAAGAUUGGCCUUCCUCCAGUCCGGACCUUAAUCCUUUCGACUAUAAAAUUUGACAGGUACAUGAAACAAUUAAAUCUCUGCAAAAUGUCAGUAUCAAGUAACGCAUCUCAACUAAUCACUCAAAAGACGAAAGAGUCUUUUGAGGACGCGCUUCCAAGCAUCAUGGAUACUAUCACCACUAACACACAGUUUGCAGACGUACCUGAAGUUGGGAAUUGGGUGAAAAAGACGCUGGAUUACAACUUAGGUGGAGGGAAGAAAACAAGAGGCAUGACAACACUCCUUGCCUAUGAGAAGUUUGAGAAACCAGGGAAUGUGACUGACGAAACUAUUCAUUCAGCGAAAAUGCUUGGCUGGUGUGUGGAGAUGCUGCAAGCAUACCUGCUCAUACUAGACGACAUAAUGGACAGCUCGUCGACGCGCCGCGGCAUGCCGUGCUGGUACCGUCUGCCGGACGUCGGCACCCGCGCCAUUAAUGACGCCAUCUUGAUUUACUCCUCCAUGUUCCACGUCAUCAAGACGCAGUUCGGGGGCGAGAAGUUCUAUACUAAGAUAUUGGAAUUGUUUAAUGAGACUCUCUUCCAAACCUCAAUCGGGCAGCACCUAGAUCUGACGAUGGCGAAUCGUCACAAAAACGACUACAGUUUGUUCACGAUAGAGCAGUACAACGCUAUCGUCAAGUACAAGACUGCGUACUACACAUUCAAGCUGCCGGUGUGUUUAGGCUUGCUGUUGGCCAACAACACGGACCCGGCCAAGCAUAAGAAGGUUGAAGAUAUCUGCCUCGAUAUUGGCAGGUUCUUCCAGAUACAGGACGACUACAUAGACUGCUAUGGCGAUGAAUCGGUAAGCGGCAAGAAAGGCACGGACAUUCAAGCGGGCAAGUGCUCGUGGUUUGCGGUACAGGCCCUGCAACAAUGCGACGCCAACCAGAGGACUGUGUUCAGUGCCUGCUACGGCAGCCAGGAACCGGCGCAUAUUGAGCGGAUAAAGAUAUUAUACAGACAGUUACAGCUGCCGGAACUUUACGCUGAAACGGAAGCCAAAAUGUACGAAGCGCUGAUAAGUCAAGCUCGAGCGAUGCCCGAAGAUCUGUCGCCUACUCUAUUCAUCAAACUUAUUGAUAUGCUCAACAAGAGGAGCUAUUGAUCAAUAUUGGAGCUUAUAGGUUAUUCCAUCAGCACAUUAAAAUAAUGUAACAAGCCAAACCACGUGACUCAGUCAUUCGACCAAUGAGAUACAACUUUGUUCAUCACACUUGCUCGAAAAAAUAUCUUAUUUCAUGCAGGUGUACUGAAGGACAAAGGCGCAUUGUUCCCGCGGGAGUUAUCGAUUGUGAAAAAAGCUUUAACUCCCUAGGGAGUUAAAGGUUUUUAAUAUUAUUAUGUCACUAAUUCAUACAAACCAAGUAGCAUAAAUGAAAAUAUUUCAUUUGAUUAAUUUAACAGCCGCUUAAAUUUUUUUGACAUAUUUACAAUCGUGGCUGAAUGCCGAAUAGGUCUGUGCCUGGAUGCCUAACCUGUCAACAAAUGACAAUAUGGCGGACGAAUGUUUGAUAUGUCACUGUAUUUAAGAAUAAUUCCGCUUACAAUUUAGUUUUUUCUUAGCAAGUGUGAUGAUAAACAUUGUGUGUAACUCUGGGGGUAAGAAUAUUGCAAACUCGGGCCUUUAAUUCCCUCGCUUCCAAAAUCUCACAUAGAUAUCUACCCCCGUCGUUGCACAAUGUACUGUAUCUGUAGAAUUAUAUCAUUCGCAUACCCGGAGGUUUUGAGUGCGCGAAUGAUUUCGUGUAUUUAUAACUUUGUUUAUUGUAAACAGUUACCAAACUAUAAACUAAUAAAAGGUAGUACGCUCCAAAUAAGCUUAGAAUAUUUAAAAUAGUUUGUUUUUGCAAUUUUUAUCUAAUUUUUGGCUUGUGUAAAUCAUUACCGCACCCAAAACCCGGGGGUAUAAACUAAAUCCUAAUGGAUUACCCCCUUAUUCAUAAACGUCUACUAAAGUUAACAAGCGGAACGACUUAUUGGUAUGAUGGAAAGGGACAAACGAUUAUUAGCGGCUUGUUAACUUUAGUAGACGUUUAUGAAUAAGGGGGUUAGAGUAUAACAGUGGUAUUGGUGUGUAGGUGGAUAACAACAUAAAAAUAAUACAUGUUUGUAAACUCUCCAAAGCUCUCAUUUACAGUUUACUAUUAAAGACGAUAAAUAGGAGUCUAGCUCCUGAUUUGUACCAAUGCGGAUUUUAUAUGAGAAUUUGGUCAGUUCAGUAAAAGUAUCUCAUAAAGGAGGGUGGGCUUAUUGGGCCAUUUGACCAAUAAGGGCAAGCGGUACGUCACCGGAUAGGUUAUUCUAAAUUGUAAAACUUUUAGUAUGGCAGGUAGUCCCAAAUCUUUGUGUGAAAAGAAUUAUCGCCGCCAAAAGUAGUGUGAGUUGAAACGUUACUAGAUAUAUAGUUUUUUAGGGUUCCGUGCCCAAAGGUUAAAACAGGAGUAUUACUAAGACUCCGCUGUCCGUCCUUCCGUCCGGCCGUCUGUCUGUCAUCAGGCAGUAACUCAUAAACCGUGAUAGUUAGACGGCUGAAAUUUUCACAGAUGAUGUAUUUCUGUUCCGGCUAUAACAACAAAUACUAAAAAUCAGAGUAAAAUUAAUAUUUGAGGGGCCUCCCAUACAAAAAACAUAUUUUUUGUGAUAAUGGUACGGAACCCUUCGUGCGCGAGUCCGACUCGCACUUGGCCAGUUUUUUUUCAAUACCUACUAGGUUCCUGUGUUGCAGAUCAUGAAGGUUUUGCUGUUGUCGAUAAUUUUGUGUCACGAUAUUUUAGUUUUUAUUCGUUUUCUUGUUUAUUUGUGUAAUUUUUUUAUGUAAAAUGGAGUAAAUAAUCUUUCCGAUUGUAUGUCGGUUAUCGGAUCCCUUUGACAUAAUUAUUGAAAGUCAUAAUGUAAUGAUUGUCAGAUUAUCAUUAGUCAUAAUUCUGAAACCGUUAACAACUCAGGAUUUUCGUAAGGUUAUCCUAUAGAUAGGUUAGGUUAGGUUUGUUUUAUGGCAAUCCUGAAAAGUUAAGAGUUUAUGACAAAAAGCAAAUUAUGACUAACGAAAAUGCGGACCAUUAUGACUUAAAACUUUAUGGGAAACAAUAGAGAGCCGUCGCUUAUUCUUAUUGGUUCAUGGGCCAGUGUCCAUAUACAAAUCUGCCCAUCCUCUUUUAUCUAUCGUAUACGAUCUACGUCGCUAAAAAUAGGAAACGUUCUUAUAACCGAAUUUGUACAUAUGUAGUAAAAUGACUCGCUCCACUGUAUAAAUAAAUGCUAGUGAUAGGUAGUUUUGCGUCAAAUUUUAUGUAGCACAGUAGGGCUAAGAUGGUCGGCUCUUUAUCAUUUGUCUCCAUGCCUGUCACGUUCUAACAACUAUCUAAGCGUGGAAGUGACGGGCAUAAUGACACGUUUAAAAAAGGGAACAAUGCUGCCACCGCUUCCGUUCAUUGCUCAAUAUUUUGCUAGUUAUUUCUCAUCAAAAAUACUUUGACUAAGGUCCAACCACGUAGCUACCUAUUUGUCUAUUACUUUAAGUAUCUUAAAUUAUUUCUUAAAGUGUAUAAUUUCAUAUCUAAAAUCACAUCAUAAACUGUUGUAUAAAGAUAGCAUUAAUACAUACGUUGAUUUAUAUUCUCUAGUGUUGCUAUUUAAUAUGAGUAUAUAUUUUAUAACGAAUUUACUAUGUUUAAUGAUAUUUAAUUAAAUAUUACCUACACUUCCCUUUACUCCUAUGGGCAUUUUUUGAUAUUUACCACACAUCUAAGUCAAAUAAAUUAUUUUACAUAUGGAUAAAGUAAACUAUUGCUACGAUAUAAUUAAAUUGUGGGGUUGCUAUUCUUAUUUUAAGUUUAUUUUCAAGAUAUUUUUAAUUUUAUCGUUUUAUUUUAUUCUAGAGUUGAGUCAUAGAAAUAUUUAUGUUUUAAUUUGUCUCUUUUUCUAGAAGUAGUAGUAGAUCUAAAUGUUAACAAGAACGGGAAAAACAUAUUUUAUUUAUCGAGGCUUCAUUAAAGACUACUAUCACUUUAUUCGUUAGUUACGAGUAGAUAUAUAAAAACAUAUUAGAACAUUUUACUAAUGAUGUAUAAGUAUUUCAAAGUAAAUUUGCGCUUGACAGAUGGUUUUAAUCUAAUUGAUUUUCUACCUUAACUGAAAUACAUAUUCAAUAAAUUUACAACGUAGACGAACAUUUGAUUUUGAUACAUUUUGAUCAUAAUUAAAAAUGAUAAGCUUCAGUUUUGCAUGAUUUCUGACACGUAAUGCCCGAAAAAGGUAUAAACUCGCCAAUAUUAACUUUAUGAUUAUUCCAACAAGGUACAAAAUAAAAUCUAUUAAAACCACCAGUCAAGCACAAACUAAAGAUACCCGAUAUAGUUGAAUCAAAGCUUCCUGCAUAGAUUUUGACGUGACAAAGUGUGGCAGUGCGAAUGAAACCUGUGCAGGGUUAACUUGGUCCCACUCUAAAAUGGAUAAGAAUUUGUUUUGGGAAUAUCAAUGAGGGUGGAGGUGUUUGUAAGGUGUUGGUAAUUUUAGUACCUAUAUUAAACAUGAUCUUCAAAGACUGAUAACUUCUAUGUAUAAUGUACCUCGAAUUUUAGUCAGAAUUGUAUAAAAUACGAACCAAUAUAGAUAGAAUUGUCGCACAAUACAAUUAGAACUCUAUGUGUUGGCUAUGUGUGAAAUACAGUACCCAAGGACGUCGCCAGCAGGGCCAGAUUUUGAGAUCCAGGCCUCCUAGCCGCUUGGUAUAGCACUUAGGGGGCCCCGUUCUCCAUCUCAAAAGCAUUGCUAGGUUGCCCGGGCCUUGUGGGCUUAGGCAGAAAUCCGGCCCUGGUCGCCCAUGGUGGGGUCAUAUGGCUAUAUAUUUUGCCAGCAGUCACCCCCCCCCCCCCCCCCCUGAAACUGACAAAUAAACUUUGCCCAUAGCCGCCUAGCGCGUGCUUAUAGCAAAGAAAAUUUCAAAUAGAGGUGGAUUGUCAAAGAAAAUUUGCCAGCAAAGGUAGCCAGUUAAUUUACCGCCAUCUUCGGACACAUAAUUAAAACUUUUAGAACGCAUUUUGACUUUGAUCCUUAUUCUUUCACUGAUAUAUGUUAAAUUUGUUCAAGCAAAUUGAUCAAAGCAAAUGGCGUUCUAAAACUUUUAAUCAUGUGUCGAAAGAUGGCAGGGUAUUUACUGUGGCUACAAAGUUUUCUUUGACAAUUUACCUCUGCUGCAUAUAGCAGUAAACUGUGCCAAUACAUAGAUCAUUCAUCAGUUUAUUUAAAUAAAUAGGUGUUUCGAUAGUGUGGUUGUGUUUGGUCGAAUCUAGUUAAACUAGAAUUGUUUGGAGAAAACUGUUAAAGAUAAAAUAUUAAUUCUAACGAUUAUUUAUAUUGAUAUUGAAUAUCUAAGGGCCUGUUUCACAAUUUGCAAGUAUUGGAUUGCUAAUUAACGAAUAAAUUAACUGUCAGAUAAAACUUCCUGCAAAACUUAGCAUCAGUUAAGCUUAUUUGAAGAUUGUGAAACGCCAACGAUGACUUUAUUCGUCAGAUAAGUAGCUUAUUCAGGAUUUUACUUGGACUUUGUGAUACAGGCCCUAAAUGUUGUUUUAACUGUUGUAAGUAAAAUAAGAUAUUUUAUUAAUAUAAUUGAUUCUAAUAUUAAA